UAAAAAUUGUUGAGGGUUUCUAGGGUUUUCGGCCAUGUUCAUAGCGAAGAAUCUGGAUUGGGAAGAAUCUAAAUUGUCCUUUUAGAUAGAGAUCGAUUCUGAGUUCUGACUUCUCAGUCUUGCAGGAAGGAAGGAAGGAAGGGUAUAUACAGAGGGAGAAGAAGAAGAAGAAGGAGGAGAGAGGAGCCUCGUGUUUCACGGAUCCAACCUAAUGACCAAAGAGUUCGCCGCCAACGCUAGCUACGAUCGGUAAAUUAUAAAGGGUAUAAGAGGAUCGACUCAAAUUUCACAGCUUCUAAGCCAAAUAUUUCCGGGUUGUUACAAGUUGUAUAGUGGAGGUUUUCAACUUUAGAUUAUACGGGUUCUUAGAGUGAUGAGAUUAUCAAUUAAGCUGGCCCUUACAAGAUUGCUUUAUUUGAGUGCAUAAGAUGCCACCCUCACAUUUCUCUAAUCUGACUGCUGCUUUUAAGCGGGGAAUACAAAGAACGACUGGAGGUCAAGAAAGCAGCCUCAAAGAAACUGUGGGUUUUCUUGUUGGACAAGGAAAACUAUUGUUUGGUAACCAGAAGUUGCUUCACACGAUACCUUUUUCAGCUUUUAGUGAUCUACAUGUGCUUCUACCACCUGGAGCUGUUUUUGCUGCACAAUCGAAUUUUCAUUUGGUAAAUAGGAGAAGGAAUAUUACAAUUGUUGGAGCAAUCUCCCGUACAUUUUCUAUUCCGUCGGUGUCUGGCCCUUCAUUACAGGUCUGUGGAUACCACAUUGACCGUUUAUUAUCUGAAAACUCUCAAAUGACAACAAUGGCUGUGUGUGGUUCGAAAUCUGUUUCUGGUGAUUGCUCUUUAUACAACUGGACUUCAAAGCUUGGAUGUCUUGCAGUCUCUUUGAAUAACAGUACAACUCCUUUUCGCAACAAUGCAGUUUCCAGUAAUUGUAGGAAAGCCAGCAUGAGUUUGCGAAAUAAGGAACAACCCAAUAGCUUCUUUGUCUAUGGUUUUUUCAUAUACAAUUCGAUGAGAAGACAUGACAAUUCUCUUCUAGGAUUGGGAUUUGAAAUGAAUUCAGGAUUCCACACUUCAGCGCCUGCUUGCUCAUCCACUGGGACAGCUCAAAAUGUGUCUUUUGAUAUCUCUAAUAGAGAGCAGCUUACAAAUCCUGCAACAUCCUCUGAACAGAAUCACCUAGCAGGAAGAACCUUGAAACUAAUUUCAGGCUCAUGUUACCUGCCUCAUCCUGAUAAAGAAGAAACUGGUGGAGAGGAUGCACAUUUUAUUUGUUCUGUUGAACAAGCAAUUGGUGUAGCUGAUGGAGUUGGUGGGUGGGCUGAUCAUGGUGUUGAUGCAGGUCUAUUUGCCCGAGAAUUGAUGUCUCAUUCUGUUGAUGCAAUUAGAGAAGAGCCUAAGGGUUCUAUAGAUACUGCCAGGGUUUUGGAGAAGGCUCAUGCUAGCACAAAAGCAAAGGGAUCAUCAACUGCUUGCAUUAUAGCACUUACAGAACAGGGUCUCUGUGCCAUUAACUUGGGUGACAGUGGUUUCAUAGUGGUUAGAGAUGGUUGCACUGUAUUCCGGUCUCCAGUUCAGCAGCAUGAUUUCAAUUUUACGUAUCAGUUAGAGAGUGGAAACAGCGGUGAUCUGCCUAGCUCUGGUCAGGUUUUUACGAUUCCUGUUGCACCAGGAGAUGUUAUAAUUGCAGGUACUGAUGGUCUCUUUGACAAUCUAUACAACAAUGAAGUAACUGCCGUUGUAGUUCAUGCAAUUAGAGCUGGCUUAGGUCCACAAGUCUCAGCCCAAAAGAUUGCAGCAUUGGCUAGGCAACGUGCACAAGAUAAAAACCGACAAACUCCAUUCUCUACAGCUGCCCAAGAUGCUGGCUUUCGCUAUUAUGGUGGCAAGCUUGAUGACAUAACUGUCGUUGUUUCCUACAUUGCCAGUGACAAUGAGAAGGCUCCAACAUCUGGCUCCUCCAGCUAGGUAACAUACUAUUAUUACGCCUCUUCUCUAUUUCAAGAUCAAUAUAUGAUGUACAUGGUAGUUUCGGAUAUAUUAGUUAGGUUUAUGGUCUUGUAAAUAUUGUUAGAUUUGUUUAAUUGAUAUUGUGUGAAAAAAAGUUAUGAAACAAAAAAUACUGUCAUUUUGGUAUUACAGGAUACAGUUAUUUACACUGGUGUAACUGCUAAUGCUUUGCUUUCUGAUUGUUGGGAAUUCUUUGCCUUUUU